AAUAUCGUGUCAAGUAAAACUCCUCCACAAUUUGAUCAAGUCACGUAAAUCAAUUUGUCUAAUGGUGGAUUCUUAAACACACAUAAAUACAUGAUUUUUACGCCUUUAACACUUGCAAAGAACCGGCACGCCAUUGGAUAAUCUUUCGUCGUCGCUCCAUCUUCCCCAAUUUAUUGAAAGGCUAACAUUGCCAUUAUUAUCCAUAUUCCAUUGAUUGAUUGUGUUUUCACUAUUUUGCAUGUCCUAAUUUGAUUUUCUCUCUCUUCCAUUGCCCCAAAAUUUGAAGCUAUGGAACGUUCAGGCUAUGGCAGAGAUGGAAUCUACAGAUCACUAAGACCAAAAAUAAUCAUACCCACUAAUCCAAAUCUAAGUAUGGUUUCUUUUCUCUUCAGAAACAGCUCUUCUUACUCUGAAAAACCUGCUUUAAUUGACUCUGAUUCUGGGGAAACUCUGAAUUUUUCCCAGUUAAAAUCCAUGGUUGCUAAGCUUUCCCAUGGAUUAACCAAACUGGGUAUUCAAAAAGGGCAUUCUGUUCUUAUUUUAGCCCCAAAUUCUAUCCAAUACCCUGUAAUAUUUCUGGGUGUUAUUGCAAUUGGUGCAAUUGCAACUACUGUGAAUCCAAUUUACACAGUUUCAGAGAUUAAGAAACAAGUUGAUGAUUGUAAGCCCAAAUUAGUUGUAACAGUUCCAGAACUUUGGGAUAAAGUUAAGGGUCUUAAUAUGCCUGCUUUGAUUUUAGGGUCUAAAGGAAAAGGGGUUUUAAAUUCGAGUUCUAAAGUUGUAUAUUUCAAUGAUUUGGUUAAUGGGUCUGCUGUGGAUUUUCCAAAGGUUUUGAUAAAACAAAGUGAUACUGCUGCAUUGUUGUAUUCAUCUGGUACAACUGGUGUUAGUAAAGGUGUUAUACUGACUCAUGGGAAUUUCAUUGCUGCGUCAUUGAUGAUGACAAGUGAUCAAGAAUUCGAGGGCGAAACCGAUGAUGUGUUCUUGUGUGUGGUUCCUAUGUUUCAUGUGUUUGGACUGGCUGUGAUUUUGUAUGGUCAGUUGCAGAAAGGAUCUACAGUUGUUAGUAUGGCUAAGUUUGAUUUCGAGUUGAUGUUAAAAGCUAUUGAGAAGUAUAGGAUUACUAGAUUGUGGGUUGUUCCUCCAAUUAUGCUUGCAUUGGCUAAGCAUGAUGCUGUCAAGAAAUAUGAUAUUUCAUCUUUGAAGCAGAUUGGUUCUGGGGCUGCGCCUUUGGGGAAGGAGAUGAUGCAGAAGUGUUCUAAAACUGUGCCUCAGGCUAUGAUAGUUCAGGGGUACGGUAUGACAGAAACAUGCGGAGUCAUCUCUAUAGAACACCCAAGACUAGGUGGUCGACAUUCUGGCUCAACUGGAAUGUUGGUUGCAGGUAUUGAAGCUCAGAUAAUUAAAGUAGAUACAUCGAAGCCUCUCCCUCCUAAGCAACUGGGUGAAAUAUGGGUCCGUGGACCUAAUAUGAUGAAAGGUUACUUUAAUAAUCCACAAGCCACCAAGUCGACUAUUGAUAAUCAAGGCUGGGUACAUACAGGAGAUCUUGGGUACUUCGAUGAUGAAGGGCAACUUUAUGUGGUUGACAGGCUGAAAGAGCUCAUCAAAUACAAGGGUUUUCAGGUUGCCCCAGCAGAACUUGAAGCGGUUCUUAAUUCACAUCCUGAAAUACUAGAUGCUGCUGUUAUCCCUUAUCCUGAUGAUGAAGCCGGUGAAGUUCCCAUUGCGUUUGUGGUUCGAUCACCUCAAAGUACCUUGAAGGAAGAAGAUAUCAAGAAGUUUGUCGCAGAACAGGUUGCACCUUACAAGAGAUUAAGGAAGGUAACAUUUUUAAGCGCUAUUCCAAAGUCGGUUUCAGGAAAGCUUCUCAGACGAGAGCUUAUUGAAAAAUCGCGAUCCAAGCUAUAAUAAAGCUGUAGCACCAUUUUGCUGCAUCUCUACUUUCUUGUUCUACAAACUCAAUUCAUGUUUUACCUGAAAAAAGAUACCAUGUUUUAGUUGAACGCUGUUAUAGAAAAUAAACAUUCAGGUAAUGGUCAGUCAGUUCACCUAAUAAAGCUCCAAAUUUCAUUGUUGGUAA